AUGCUUGCGGGCGUCCCUCCUUUCCACGACGAUGAUGAUCUGGAGUUGAUGAAGAAGGUGAAGAGAGGGAAGUGGUCCUUCACCCCGGAGAAGGCUUGGAAGCGUGUCUCUGCGGUGGGCAAAGAGCUGGGUGCCUCAGAUUGCCCCAGCUUGCUGGGAGUCGCAUGGUGUCGGGGUAUUGCGGGAGAGCUGAAGAACUAUCCUUGGCCCGCGAGCACCUGGAGCUUUGUAAAGGCAGUUCCUGCCUUUUUCCAGCAGUUGAGCCCACAAACCAGGCUGGUCACGCAGAUGUUGACCAAGGACGUCGACUCGCGGCCUCACUCAGCCGAGGUGGCACAAAGCCGGUUGAAGAAGGUGGCCUUGCAGGUGAUUGCACGACAGAUCUCCGAUGACACCAUUGAGAAGCUGCGGGAGAUCUUCUUAUCCUUGGAUGACGACAACUCGGGGACGCUCUCGGCGGGGAACCUCACAAGGUGGUUUGAUUCCAAUGCUGAAAUACGCAAGAGACAGCUGAAUUUUUGGGAGAUUGAGCAUAUGGCCAUGCACGAUAAGAAUCGACACUGGCCACGGCGCUUGAAGGAACAUCCACACCUUUGUUGGGAACGGCAACAUAUGGCUUUGCACGACAAAGACCCUCCCCAGCGGCGGCCUUUGAGCCAACGACCUAAGAUCGACAAAUUGUCAGCUGUGCGAGAGCUACUACUCCGCUGGUGCCAUGUGCUGCGGAAGCAGGAACAACUGGCAGAGAAGGAACGUCUGAAAUUUUUGCGGCAGCGCAAGAAAGACCAGAACGAACGAAGGCGACAGAACGUCUUGAAGCGCCUGAGAAGAGCAACAGGCUCAGCGCUUGAGGAGGGAAACUCUCCGCAAAAAGAGGAUGUUGAGGAGAUCGAUGAGGCGCUCAUUGACUUGCAAGUCGAGGAACCCAUCAGAGUGGAGAUGAGGCGCUUGAUGCACGAGAUCGAUGUGGAUGGCAGUGGCACAGUGAACUAUACCGAGCUUGCGCUGGAGUUGUCACCAGAGGCGACCGCCACAGAGGCGAAGCAACAGUUGGCGGAGGUGCUGCAGUGUGAGGCCACUGCACUGAGCUUGGUGCUAGGCACCAGUACUUGGGAUGAUGGCAAGGCUAAGGAGAGGGGCUUGAGGGUGCUUGAAGCAACAGACGUGCUGUCCGAGGGGGCUGAGAUCACAGUGAUCAAAUCCGAAGGUUGGGUGGUGCCGCGGAUCGAGGCGCUGAAGGCCAAGUUUGAGAAGUUUGGAAAGCUUCUGACCGAGCCUGGUAAACAUGAACUCUCACACGAUGCAGAGCUUCCUGAAGGUCUUGAGUUUCCCGCAUCACUGGCAUUACUGCUGAAGUAUGCUGUGAAGUGGAGCUAUCGGACGGAUAUGGGCAUCCCACCGCUGGAGCUCUUCGUUGCAAAUCAGGAUUUUAAGCUGGACAUUUUUGGUGACGAGGAGUGCAAAGCAGAUUGGAUGGAGGAACAUGGCGAGGAGAGCUGCGCUGGCGACGAUUGGAUGCUCUUGGCCAGUUCCUCUGAGUACGACUACUUCUUUGUCAAUGUCAAGAAGUCCUCUCCCCACUUUGGCAUGGUGAAGUGUGGCGAGCAGACCAGUAAUGUUUUUGUUGUGUUUUGUGAAACAAAAAUCUUCUGA